ACUACCCCUGUGCCUCCAUGCCUCCAAAACACAAGCAAAGUGCUGCUUUCCAGAAUGAAAAGGUCAUCAUGACCUUUUCAUCCCUCUGUGGCAGUGCUUCUAUACAACUUGCAGCUUUCCUAAUGAUGUUGUAAAGGGGAAUUUCUAAUGCCUAAGUUGUAUGUUUGAAAAUAAGCACAGCUUGAGACCAAAGGUGAAUGCAAAUAUAUUAUGUUCUUCCAUGCUGUUCUAUUCACAGUUUACACAGAUUUCACAAUGAGAUGCAAUUGCAAAUGGUAAUACUUCUGAAAUGCACUGCACAGACAUGCCACAGAGUAGCUAUCUAGAUAGGCAAAUGGAAAAAUACAAGUUAGGAUCAGUGUUCUCCAUUGGCAAUGCACCAGAUCAUUAGUGUAGUCUGCCGUGAAAACUUCCACUUUCAUUUGUCAAUUCCUUCUCUGUGAUUUUACUCUCCUCCUUCUCCUAUCUUCUUUUCAGGACUCCCAGACCCUUCAAGCAGAAAAUGUGGCUUCAGCACACAGAGAGGAAAGAAUCUCAAUCAGUGUCACUGUGACUUUGUUGGUUUUUAUGCAGGAACAGGUGUCAGCAGCACAGCAGGAACACUGCAGAAAGACUGACUGCUUGUCCGUGCUGCACAGCUCAGUGCCAUGUUCAGGUGGGAGCCUUGAGUCCCUCUGUCCCUCUCCAGAUAGCUCCAGAUAGGCUCGCUCUGAUUUAGCUCCACUGCCUCCUGCAAGAAACCAGUCUUUUUGGGGUAGUCUUGCUGGCUACCAUCACUACUUCUUACCUUUCAAUUCCAAGCAUUCAUUCUCCCAGGUUCUACAAAACCAAUGUGCUAAACCCAAGACCUGUCUCCCAAAUGCUUGCUACUGCUGUACGUCUCACAGUUACUGAUAAACCAGAUAGUGUACGAUUAACCACCAAUAUUAAUGUUUGCAUGUUGUUUUAACCCAUGCCAAGGCCUCUCUCUUUCUCAGACUUCUGCAAGAAACAAAUUAUUUUUAACUACUCACUCUGCCUAUCUUUUACUGAAAAGUAGUAGUAGCACACAGUACUUGACUGUCACAGGUAGAGUGAUGGGGCUCUACAGAGAUUCUGAAGGGACCAAUGAGUGUACUUCCAUUCAGUAAGUCUGAAGACUUCAAUUCAUUUACACAAGUAUGAGGAAACCAGGAAAUGUAACACUAGCAUUGAGUAUUUAAUGCCAUAGUAAGUCCCACAAAUGUGAUAGAAUCAUAAUAAACCAUGAAAUAAAGGGGAAACUAGGAAAUUCAAAAUAGAACCAGCCAACAUGCUCUGUCCAUCUUCAUGACUGUUCCUUUUCAUAUGGGCCACCAAAUCCAUCUUUGGGGGAAUCUUCAAUCAGACACCUAGAUCAUCAGCUACUGGGAAUGAAGGAUGUUUCAGCUGGACAGGAUUCCUUGUUUUGGAAUGCUUUUCCCGUUUAUCAUGGUAAGUGACUAACCACUAAUGUUAGUGACUAGUCACUAAUGUUUUCAAUAUGAUUCCACACACCAGAUGAUGAUACAAUUAAUUGUUUACAUUCUUUCAUCAGUAUUGCAGCAGUUAGAUUUCUAAUUAAUGAAAUUAUGAUCAAUGAUUCAAGGAGAAUCAAAUGAAAACAUCCUUAUUUAUCUUUCUCUGGUUUAUUUCCAGGAAAACCUCUAUUCUUCCUGCUUCCUUAUUUUUGCUGAGAUCUUCAUCUACCUCCUCCUUUCAGAGAUGAAGGGUACAAUUAUGAAAAUAACAGAAGAAUUUGCUAUUUUACAUUUUAGGACGAGAUUUCAUUCCAUUACAGGAAGUACUUGUGAGGAAUGUACCACCUACAUUAGCUUGAGCUGGUCAGUAGAAGAGCUAUGUUUUUAGUACAGUCAGUAAGGACUUUAAUGUUUGGAGAAUUCAAGAUGAAACAAAGGCAAAAUAUUUGUUUGCUAUUAUUGGAAAAGAUUUGAAUACUCCUUCACAGACACAAGUGGAAUCUUCAUCAAUGGAAGACACUCUCAUCACCAAAAAACGUGAUAGAAGUUAGUACCUAAUAAGUGAUCAUGACAUAAAAUAUGAGCUACUCUAAAUUUAUAGAUUUCACUUAGGAAAUGUUUUGUUCCAAAAAGUUUUCUUUAGCUCCGUGAUUUUGUUUGUCAGAAUUUCAUUUUGAGUUUUUAAUUAUAGCAAACCUAAAGUAUCAAACCUAACCUAGGAUAAACUGCUGGGCUGCUCUCAGAGGACACUGGGAGGACAAUGUAUUGUAAAUAGGGUUUCUUCUUCAUGGAAUUUUAAAAAAAAGUCAGGCCUGAUUAUUUAGGUGAAAGUAGAAAUGAGUCAGUCAGCUUUGCAUUCCUGAUACAACAGAGCAGUUUUGUUGAGUCACAAGGUAUACAAUUAUCACAGCCACAGUUACUCAUUUGGUAUUCUGACUUGUAACCUGCUUCCUACCACUGUGAGCAGUUCUCUAGGAGCUGGACAAUUGCGCUGUGCAGUGUAACCACCUGAGCCAGCAUACAUGGAGAGAACAGGAGGAGGGAGCUGGCAGAAUGUUGUGGUCAUCUGUAAGGUUUGCUAGUUUCCAACUGCUAUUAAUUCCUUUAGGAAAACUGCAGUACUGAACAACUAUAAAGAAACACAAAUGCAAAGGACAACAGCAGAGUGCAAUAAAGGCGUUACAUGCACAGGGCACAAGGAGAAGCCAAGAGCCUGUCCUUGUUGGACUUAUUCUUUAGAAAGGAACAGUAAAGUCUCCCGACCAUGCUGUCUCUUAAAAUUGCUGAUAAAAUGAAACAGUACUAUUCUAUAAAAUCAAGUGUAGCUCAGAAAUUCCAGAAAGACCCCAAAAUGUCAGAGAAAUGUUAUUGUGAAUUAGUGAAAUUGCUGCUACUUGAGAUCCUCAGCAAUUAUUUUGCAAGGAGAGUAGGAAUAACAUAGAAAACCCUACACUUUGAUAUUGAAUUUGAAUUGAGAAAAUGUAUGUAUGCAAUAAGCAGGAAAUAUUACAAUUUUAAAACAAUUUCAAAAAUGAAUUAAUAACUAUGCUGCUACUGUUUUUGUACAGUCAAAAUGCUACUAUUGUUAGUGUUCAAGAGAAAACACAAAAAUGCUAAAUCAUUCUAAAUGCUAUUGCAAGCCAGGAAAAACAGCUUUGCUAUGCAUUGUAUAGGAAUACUUGCAAUUACACAAGUAACUAAGGUUUUAUUAUUAACAUCUAUUCUCGUUUCUUUAGACUUGCUGCAUUUGCUGUAAAAUCCUCUGUCAAUAAUUCUGUGUUUUAUGAACUAGAAGUUCAGAGCUUAGGAAUUUACUGAUGGCUCCAGCAUAACCCCAUUGUCACAUCCACACCCAGCCCAAACCUUGGCAGUGGAGGAAUGUCCCCUGGCAUGACUUAGAGAAAGCAGAAGACACUGAAAGCAGGAAUAGCACAGGACAUCAGACAUACAAUAGCCCCAGGCAAACCUCUUUCUUCCAAAUGUGGUCUGUAGAAGGAGACAAGUGAAGCCACAGUUCAGGUUUCACAUCACCAAUGUGGAGCCUCUAAGAGCCAAAGGUGACUUUCCAAUGGAUCAACAGAUGCAGCACUGGAUUUGGAGCUGUUCUGUGUGUGUUAUGGUCAGAGCUGAAGCCUGAGGGAUGAAGAACCCAGCUGUGCCACCCUACCUCGUUAAGGAGUAUUUACUCACUUUGAUUACUCUCAUAAGGAAGUGGAUUUUAGUAACUGCCUAGUUUGGCAUGGAGCCUUCAGGAAGAGACACUCUAUUCCAAAAGCCUCUGCCAGGGCACAACAUCUCCUGGUGCCUUCUCACCAUCCCUGGCCGACAGUCUCAUAACCACAAGACAAGAAAUAUUCUUCCUUGGGACAAUCUAAAUGGUACACAAGUCAGAACAGCUGAAUUAAGAUUUGAAAUGUGCUACUUCUAUCUCAAGCCCAAUGGAGAACUGUGUGUUUGAGAAUUUGCCUAUUUUUUUCAUCUAAUAAAGGCUAUUUACUAUACCAAUGAAUCUGAAACAGAAUAAAAAAUCUUUAGUGCUUAAUAAAUACCAAUACCUAAAUAUUUUGCUAAUUACUUUUCCCAUUGAGCAGAUUAUAGUGGCUGUUGCUCAGCUUUUAUCAAUGAAAUAAAGUAUUUUACUGGUCUUGGAAAACUACUUGGAUUUUUUUUUUCCUGAGCUCUCCUUUCUCUUUCCAAAGGCUAGCUACAAACUUCCUCUGUUUUGAAACUUUCCCCCUGCAGACUGGACCAGAUGCAAUUAUUUCCUGAAAUAUUUAAUCCAGUACUGUUAACUUUGUCCAGCUGAAGUAAAUAUAAGUGAGCAAAGACAAAAUAGUAAAAAUUUAACCCUGCUCCCUGCAGCCAAAUGCCUACUGCUGUAGCAGCAGGAAUGAGACAGACACAGAAGCCAGUGAUGACACAGACACUCAGUGCACUGGACAACCAGCUCCUGAGCUGGAGAUGACUGGUUUCCUAUCAGACCUGGUACAAUACCAGGGACUCUUCCGAAUGGUCGUUGUCCUGGGGAUAGGUGGAACAUUCCAAAUUGGCUUUCAAAUUUCUACAAUCACCUACGUGAAUCAGCAUGUUAAAGCUUUCAUUAAUGAAACUUGGCUGGAGCGAUAUGGCUACCCCAUCCAUCAGGAUAACCUCUUGUUCCUGUGGUCUCUCAUCGUGUCUAUCCUUGGUAUAGGAGGUCUCUUGGGUGCUUCAGGAAGUAGAUACCUGACUGUCAAGUAUGGCAAAAAAAAAUGUCUCCUGUGCAACAAUCUAUUAAUGAUAACUGCAGCAUCUAUCAUGGGCUGCAGCAAAAUGUCCAAGUCCUUCGAGAUGAUUCUCAUUGGACGCUUCCUAUGUGGUGUAAGUGUAGGCUUUUCUACUCCUCUGCAUCAUCAGUAUGUUGGGGAAAUUUCCCCUAGGAAGCUACGUGGAUUUGCAAACUCUACUGCCUCUUUCUUUUGGUCACUGGGAAAAGCCGUAGGGCAAAUUGCAGGACAAAGGGAGCUGCUGGGCAGCCAGUCCCGGUGGCCCAUGCUGAUGGCCUCCUGUGGAAUUCCUGCACUGGUCCAGCUGUUCACUCUGCCCUUCUUCCCUGAAUCCCCACCAUAUCUCCUCAUGCAUAAAGGAGACCAGGAAGGCUGCAAGAAAGCCAUAAGGCAGCUUUGGGGUGAAGGCCAUCACCAAGCAGAGAUUGAUGACAUCAUGAAAGAGAAGGCAACAAUGAAAAACAUCAAGAUCUUGAGUGUCCUGGAGCUAAUGAAAGAACCAGCUAUCCGCUGGCAGCUGUACAUGAUAAUUAUUCUGACCACCUCAGUUCAGCUGUGUGGCAUCAAUGCAAUUUAUUUUUAUACUUUUGAAGUCCUCCAGGCAGCUGGCUUUGAGGAAAGAAUGGUCUACUAUAUGACCCUCUCUAUCGGACUUGCAGAACUCUUAGCCACUGUAGUCUGUAGCUCCAUCAUUGAGCGACUGGGCAGGAAAACACUCAUAAGAGGAGGCUACUUCAUCAUGGGUUCACUGCUAGCUGCAAUCACAGUGACCCUCUCCCUACAGGAUUGGUAUUUCUGGAUGCCAUACUGCAGCCUCUGUCUGAUUAUCUUAUUUGUAGUUGUCUUUGGGCUUGGGCCAGGUGGUGCCACAGUUUCCAUGAGGGUUGAAAUUUUCAAGCUGUCCUGUAGAUCACCUGCCUUUGUGAUCAGUUCAGUUUUCAACUGGCUGGGUGUCUUUGUGAUUGGAACAACCUUCCCAUUCAUUGUGGAAGGACUCAAGCACUUCUGUUUCCUCAUCUUUAUUGGGGUACUUUUCUCUUCAGCAACAUUUUUCCACCUGUUCCUUCCAGAAACAAAAGGGAAGUCAAUUGUGGAAAUAACAGAAGAGUUUGAUAAGCUAAACUUCAGAAAGAAGCGUGUUCCAGCAACUCCAAACCAUGUCAUGGAGGAGGGUUACACCUUCUGCACCAGGCUGUGACUGGCUGGUAUGGAGGUAGCAAGCAUUCUUAAAAGGAAGAAAGAAAAACAUUUGUUGUUUUCUGGUUGGCAUGUUGGUCAAAUGGGCUAUCGGCUUUCAUUAUCCAUCACCUACGAGGCUUUUCUUUUGCCAAAACAGCACGGUUCUAAAGCACUCCACUCUGAGCAACUUAGAAAAGAGAUGAUGGCUUACAUUAGUGGAAUAGACUUGUCUAACUCAUGCACAUCUUGGCUCAACUUGCUGAUGUGUAAAUCUCUUCUAUAAUAGAGCAAUUAAUACACACUGAAACUGCAUGUAGAAUUUCUAAACAUUCUGCUGACCACACAGAAAAGGAAGACUUGUGGUCCCUUCUCUCUCUAUGAUUCAUGAGUUUGUAUUUACAACCCUGAAAUAGCAAUAGUAAAGUUCUUGGCUUGCUAUCUCUGGCUAGAUUUCAAUUCACAACAGAUUAAAGAAAAAGAAAUAACAGAAUAGGACAGAAAGUCUUUGUUUCUUUAGACUGAACAACCACAUCUUUCCAGAUUCCUGUACUUAAUGCCACAAUUUCCUUCUGUUAUCAGACUUUCAUUUCAGUUUGUCAAAAUUCAGAGCUUUUGGAUUUUAAACUUUCGAUAUCAGCAGCUCUCCUUGCUGAGAAUUGCAUUGAAUUAUUUUAUUUAAAAUAAAAAAGAAAGAAAAUCAAUCAUUUGAUUCUAAGAUCAGAUUUAUUUAUGAAAUGAAUAAAGAAUGAGUAAAAAAUUCCUAUAUAGCUUUACUUGUUUCAGUGGCAAUACAGCUAAUGAAGUCACAGAUGGAAACACGUAGCCAGAAAACAGAAGCAUAGGGAGUCCUUUCAGAUACUCAGUGCUAUCACCCCAUCAGCAUCAUCACCUUAAGCCUGUUGCUACCCCUCCAGGAUCAGAGUGCCCACAAUUACCUUGAGGGCAGUGAAACACAUAACAAUAUGCAGUGGAGUGCAAUAUACAAAGUAAAAUCUAAACACUAGAUGUAUAUAGUAAAAUAAAUGUUCCUUUUUAUCUCUGAUACUGCUUUGACUGGUGUAUCUACUUCAAUUCCAAUGUGGCUAUUCAAAAUAUGAAUUCUGUUGUUCAUCUUAACUGCUGCUUACUUUUAUUGGAAACAUUACACAUAAUAAAAAUGGCAAAUGAACUUAUAAUAAUA